AUGACCAACACCGACGCCGUCAGAGACAAAUUCUACGAGGACCUGCACGCCCUCUUGGCGACUGUGUCGAAGGCGGACAAGUUGAUUGUCCUUGGUGACUUCAACGCCCGCGUCGGCACAGACCAUACUGCCUGGAGGGGAGUGCUGGGUCCCCACGGUCUCCGCGGCUCAAACGACAAUGGUCUGCUGCUUCUCCGCACCUGCUCAGAACACCGCCUCAUCCUGACGAACACGCUCUUCUGUCUGCCGGAGCGAGAGAAGGCCACUUGGAGGCAUCCUCGGUCGCGUCAGUGGCACCUGCUGGACUAUGUCCUCGUCCGGAGGCGAGAUCAGCGGGACGUGCUGGUGACGAAGGCGAUCGCGGGUGCUGACGGGUGGACCGACCAUCGCCUCGUCAUCUCGAAGAUGCGUAUUCGCCUACAGCCUCGCAGGAGACCACAAGGUAAGCGACCCCCAGGUAAGCUGAAUGUUGCCUUGUUGUCUUUGCCCGCUCACCAUCUCCAUUUCAGCAAUGAGCUAGCUCAACGGCUAGACAACCUUCCUAUCGCUGCCGACGCCGCCACUGCCGAAAACGCCUCCGUUGAGAACCGCUGGUGUCAACUGCGAGACACGGUCCAGGCGACGGCGCUCGCCGUCCUCGGUCGCGCUCCCCGCCAACACCAGGACUUGUUCGACGACAACGACGCCGCCAUCAGAAAUCUGCUUGCUGAGAAGAACCGCCUAAACAAAGCCUACGUAGAUCACCCCACUGAUGCCACCAAAUCUGCCUUCUACCGCAGUCGCCGACAGCUUCAGCAACGACUGCGCGAGAUGCAGGACGCCUGGACUGCUCGCAAAGCUGAGGAGAUCCAAGGAUACGCGGACCACAACGAAUGGAAGAACUUCUUCUCUGCGAUCAAAGCUGUCUACGGUCCGCCGACGAAGGCACUGCUCCUCUCCUCAGCGCCGACGGCAACACUCUCCUGA